UAAACACCCAACAUUAUACCGAAUUCAAGUAAAAGGGUCGGGUUUCACGAUUCAAUUAGUCACUCAUGGGUCGACCACCCACCCAUGGAGCACCUUCUUUCCGGUUUCACCCUGCUGAGGUUGCACACAUGGAAGCUGUUUUACGAGAUCACGGUGGUCAUGUUCCAGCUAGGGAGCAUCUUGUGGAACUAGCUCAGAAAUUCAGUAACUCGCCGGAGCGAGCUGGGAAAAUCACAGUACAAAUGAAGCAGGUCUGGAAUUGGUUCCAAAAUAGGCGUUACGCCCUGAGAUCAAAAUUGGUCAAGUCACCUAAUCCUCGAGAUAUGCCACCUAAUCCUCGAGAUGAAGUAGCUGUAGCUCCAUUGAGAAUGGUGCCUCCUGCUCCCCAACAGACACUUGUACCAUCAGGUCAUAAUGUAAUAAGAAAUGCUUCUGAGAAUCCUCCAAUGGAGUUCGAAGCCAAAUCUGCUAGGGAUGGUGCAUGGUAUGAUGUUCAAGCAUUUCUUUCGCAUAGAUACCUUGAGACUGGUAAUCCUACAGUAACUGUUCUUGAAGCAGAAAAGGUUGGAAGUAGUGAACCAAGUGAACCUACAAUGCCAGUCAGUACUGCAAUAACUGAUGGUGAUCCAACUGUGUCAAAAAUGGAAGAGAGCAGCAAUGUGAAUGUCUCAGCUGAGCAUACCAAUGGAUUAAGCUGA